AAACUACCAGGAUUUUGAGGUUAUGUUGAAAACAAUUUGAAUUGUUUUUAAUUUAUUAAUUUACGGACAAGUUGAAAUGGAAGCUUUGAAAUAUUCCGUCGCUUGCACGGCACAAAAGAAGUUUUCCCUGGUAAAAGUUCACGAUUGUAAAAUUUGCCCAUACGUUACGACAUCGUUUUUUCUGAUGAUGAACCACAUUCGCCGUCAUCAGUCACCCUUGAUAUAUUUUACCUGCGAAAACCCCCUUGAUUCUUACCAUUGCAAAGACUGCGAUUUUCGAACCGAACUAACGUUACUCUUCAAGCAACAUAUUAAAGACCGUCAUGGAAUUAAACAAGAAAACGACGACGAUUUGAUUGUGCAAUACAACAAUCAAAAGUACGUUUGUAGAAAGUGCGGCUUUGAGACGCAUUUUUCGCUUAAAUGGUUACGUCACAUGAAAGAGUGUAAGCGAUGUUCUUAUAAAACUACAGAAAAAUCAGAUUGGAAACAGCAUAUUCAGCGGCAUCAUGUAGAUGAAAAAAACACCAAGUGGUACAAAUGUGAAAAGUGCGAAUACAAAAACAAAUAUCGCACAUCUUUAUACAGACACGUAAAAAUGCGGCAUCUAGACAAGUGGCACCAUUGCACUUUAUGUCCUUACAAGACCGUAGACAAAUUUGAUUUCAAAAAGCACAUUAACACACAUGUUGAUGACAUUGACCUCAAGUGGUACGAAUGUGAACAGUGCUCAUUUAGAUGUAAACGCAAGACAUAUUUGACGAGACACGUAAAUUUUUUUCAUAUGGACGAAAAAGACGCCAAGUGGUACGAAUGCCAACAUUGUCCAUACAAGACUAGAGAUAGUUCGAACUUAACCAAUGCCAGCAUUGUCUGUACAAGAGUAGAGGUAGUUCGAACUUAACGAGACACGUGAAAAGUAAGCAUUUUAAUGGGAAAAGUAUCACGUGGUAUCAGUGCAAUAAAUGUUCAUUUAAAACAAAACGCGAGGAGGUUUUACAGAAACACGUGGACGCGUCGCGUUUGAACGGACAAUGUGAAAGCGAUGCCAAGUUGUUUGAAUGCCAUAAUUGUCCAUACAAGACUAGAAAUCGUUCCAACUUCUGGAGACACGUGAAGUUGCGGCAUUUGAAUCAGGAAAGUAUCAUGCAGUAUCAGUGCAAGGAGUGUCAAUUCAAAACCAAAUAUAAGGAUUGUUUACAGAAACACGUGAAUGUACGGCAUUUGAGAGGGGAAAAUGUCACGUGGUAUCAGUGCAAGGACUGUCCAUUUAAAACCAAACACAGGUAUAGUUUACGGAACCACGUGAAUAUGCGGCAUUUGAGAGAGGAAGAUAUCACGUGGUAUCAGUGCGAGCAGUGUCAAUUUAAAUCAAAACAAAUGGACCUUUUACGGAAACACGUGAACUUUUGUCAUUUGGACGAAAAGGAUGUUAAGUGGUACAAAUGCCAACAUUGUCCACACAAGACUAGAGAUAGUUCGAACUUAACGAAACACCUGAAAAGCAAGCAUUUUAAUGAGAAAAGUAUCAGGUGGUAUCAGUGCAACAAGUGUUCAUUUAAAACAAAACUCGAGGGGAUUUUACAGAGACACGUGGACGCGUCGCGUUUGAGCGGACAAUGUGAAACCAGUGCCAAGUUGUAUGAAUGCCAUCAGUGUCCAUACAAGACUAGAAAUCGUCCGAACUUUGUGAAACACGUGAAGGCGCGGCAUUUGAAAGAGGAAAGGCUCAUGCGAUAUCAGUGCAAGGAGUGUCAAUUCAAAACCAAAUAUAAGGGUAGUUUACGGAAUCACGUGAAGGUGCGGCAUUUGAGAGGGGAAGAUAUCACGUGGUAUCAGUGCAAGGAGUGUCCAUUUAAAACGAAAUACAGGAUUAGUUUACAGAAACACAUGAAUGUGCGGCAUUUGGACGGACACGGUCUUAAAUGGUACAACUGUGACAAGUGCCAGUACAAAGCCCGGUUUCGCUCAUAUUUAAAGAAACACAUAGAUGCACGGCACUUGGACGACGACCAAAUCAAGUGGCACCAGUGCAAUGAGUGUCCCUUCAGGAGCAAAGCAAAAAGAAAUUUGACAGUACACAUUAAGGCACGACAUCUGGACGACCAAAACGCGUAAUGGUACGAAUGCAAACAGUGCCCAUUUAAAACUAGAUAUUACAAAUCUCGAAUCAAACACGUGAACACUUGUCAUUUGAACGAAAAGGACCGCAAGACAUAGUAAUAGUUAGUGUGCGUUUUUAUAAUGUUGUUUAUUGAAUUAUACCGGGUGUCCCAUGUAACACUUUCGGGCGCAAUAACUCAGGUAUUUUUGAAUGGAUUGUUAUGAAAUUUGAAAUGUAGGUAUUUUGAUAGGUGAGGAUUAAUAUGAAUCGACGAAAAUAAUCAUUAUCUUCAAAAAGUAAAUUUUUCAUGCCUUAAUUUAAUUUUGAAUUCAUUAAGUUUUGCAUCACUUGAUUAAACAUGAAAAGUCAAUACUGUAUGCAAAAAUUUAUCUCCGAAAUACGUCUGGUUACACAAAAAACGAUAAAUUAUUGCGCAAAUAAUUCCAAAAAGUAUUAAAGGAUAGGUAGCUAUGAAACAAAAAACUGCUAUCCUCGCAUUUUGGACACCCUUGCGGGAAUUUAAUACCUGUUUGCCAAGCGUUAUUUUAUGAAUUUUAAGAAAAUACCAAUUUUCAGUUGCUCCGCUACAACCUUUUCGAAGGUGCAAAAUUGCUUUAGGUUCAGGAAUUAAUUCUAACUUGAAUGAAAAUAAUUUUGCUAGGAGUAUAUAACACCUUGUUUUUUUCACUCGUUUUAGGUCUUGUACACUUCCCGUAUCUUCAAAUAAGAUUAUUAUUCUCUGUACUUUGAAUUUGGUAAAUUGGUCAUUGAGAUACCGUUCGAUAAGAGUCCUGGUUGUUUCAUCUAGGUCUGUACGGCAUCUUCCGUAGGUUAAAAUGAUUUCUGUUUUAAUAAUUAAAGAAAAGCGAACCAUUUUCAAUAACUUGUCAGAUUUUGACAAAAAUGUCAAGGCAGCACCAUUAAAUUUAAAAAAACAAAUUAAUUAAUUUUUCGCACAAAAUAGUAACUAUAUUAAGUAUUAAGAACGGUAAGGGGUGUUUACUGGUUGAAGGCAAAAGUUUGGAGACGGAUCGAAACGACGUCUCCAAUUUGUCUGAGACCAGUAAACCCCCUUAACGUUCGUGACGCUUAUACUAUUUUUUGUACGACCAUCAAAGGAUUUGCGUCUUUUUAUCAAAUCAUAAAUAGAAAGAAUUUAUAUCAAACAUCAACAAGGUCGUUUUUUAAUUUAAAAUUUGUUACUAUGGUUUCGAUUAAUAUAAACAACAAAUUUAAAAAUCAGUUUCCAUUUUGACCGCUGUCGAAUUAGAUUUGAUCUGGCUUGAUUUCGAGUUAAUUUUCUUUCCGCGACUAUUAGUGAGUGAUUUAUUUGCUUAAAAUAUCAAUCAUGAGUGAUUCUGAAAGCGAAAAUGUCGAAGUCGAACACGCAUGGAAUUUAAAAUAAAAAAAAUCUUGAAUGCAUGAUUACUUACCGUUCAGCUGAACAGUAAGUAAUUUACUUACCGUUCUCCUCUUAUUAGUUGUUAGUCGUAGCAACCCGUAAACUGAACUUACUGCUAUGGAAACCUGUACGGUAAAUGAUCGAAAAAGCAAUGGUCGUACAAAAUAGUAUAUUACACUGGUCAACAGCUAAGCUCUAACUUUUAUUAUAGCAGUCAAUUAUUAUUUAAUUAGCAAUUUGAAAUGAUAUUAUAAAGGGCUAAACCAAAACUUAGCUCUCAUUUAAAAGUAAUCUUAAAAUAUUAUCCCUUGAAAAAUACAAAAAUCGUACUAUUAAGUAAUAGGAAACUUUCCAUAAGGUGUAUUUUUUUGUAAUCAAAUUGCUACAAAUUUAUUGGGAAACAAUAAGAAAACUACGUUUAGUAAGUAGAAAACAUGUUAUCAUCAUAUAAAAAAUUUAAAAUUAACAUAAUCUUAAAAGUGCAUUUUAUGCAUUCGCACCUUGAUUUUUUCCCCAAAAAUUGUGACGACGUGAGUCACCAACAUGGAGAACGCUUCCAUCUGGGUAUUUUGUCGAUAGAAAAACGUUACCAAGAUCGAUGGAACACCUAAAUGCUCGCAGAAUACUGCGGGACCAUCAAGCGAGAGAUUUCCAAUAAAAUCUAUAGGAGGCAACCAAAAAAACGUCGGUCUUCGCUGUUUCUUUUGUUUUUUUCGUUUUUUUAAACUACAUUCGUUGUUUUUUUUCUUAUUUAUGGUUGUUCUUUUGUUAAUACUACACUUUUUGCAGUUAAAGAUACAGAAAUUAAAUUGUUUUAGCUGAUUUUGUGUUUCUAACAUCAAAUAUGCAUAUUUUUUUUAAUUGAGCUAAGUUAUGAGAUUUAUGCUCUUUGUUACAAACACAGAGACAAAUUAAACGAAAACAUUACAAUUAUGUCAAAGUUAGAGAGAAAAAAUUAAAUUUUGUUGACCAGUGUUAUUAGCCAAGGUUGCAGAGCCAAGCAUUCUAGACCGAGUGCAAAUUAGAACCCGAGACGCGCAGCGUCGAGGGCUCUGAAGCGCGAGGUCUAGAAGUGGCUUUGCAACCGCGGUUAAUAUACUAUUUUUUUCACUAGUAGAAACCAUAAGACAACAAACUGAAAAAAUAAACGUUCAAUUUUUUGACGCAACAUGAUUUUAUUUUGAUUUCUAAUCAAACUUAAUCUAAAUCUUCAACACAAAGAAAACCGUUUAUACUUGUCGCUGAGUUAAUCAUUUUAUCUUCUACCAUCUACCAACUACCGUGCGUAUACUCAAGUAAUGUUUGUAGCACACAUUUGUUCAUUUUUUAAGAAAUAAUCACAUCAAACAUUGCGUACAUAACCUCAAUUUUUCUUUUUGAACCGGUGGUCGCAAAAGUUGAAUUUGCUAGAGUGCUUUUCUCUAAAAGGUACAUGGGCGGAGUCAGAGAUGUGCGUGUGGAAGUUGGCGGGAAUAGAUGAUAUUAUAGACAGUGGCGUAUCUUUUGGAUAUUGAAUCUGGGGGCAAUAUUAUGUGGUACUAGAAAUCACAGCCAAAAAAAUGAAAACACAAAUUUAUUUUGUGAAAAUGUCUUUCCGAUGUUAUAAAAUCAUAGGCGUAACUAUUUUUUCCCAAAAAAUCAAACUAUACACUCACAAUAAACCAAGAAAAUUCUCCAAAGAGUUCUCUAACGCCAGACGCCACUGAAGAUGAAUCACCACGUGCUGGAUUCUUUCACCCCGCAAUGCCGAACCAAAUUUCGUUUCUGCGCACGUUUAUUGGUGUGUACCUUUUACAGAAAAGCACUCUACCUCUAAAUGAGUCGACAUUUGCAUGCUUGAUCGCUGCUAGUGAAAAAAAAUAGUUUUUUUGUUAUCAACCUAAUCUUUACAUCUUUAUAUUACACCUGUCGUAAAUUUCAUAAAAAUCCUUUCAAAAAUACCUGAGUUAUUGCGCCCGAAAUUGUUACGUGGGACACCCUGUAUAUAAACCGCCCUUAAAAAUUUAGGGAUAUUUAAAUUUAUUCAGUUUAAUAUUCAAUUAUUUCGAAAGCCGCCAGUGUAUUUUUUGAAGACAUUUUUGAUUUGUAAAUUGUUUAUGAUAACUUGAUCUUAAGCUGUUCUUAUGCAUGUAUAUAUUUUGCUUUUUUGGGUAAUUGGUUUGUCCUGUAAUUGGAUUUUGCUUUGUUGGACA